AAAUAACGAUAAUUUGUUUUGUUAUCGCCGAUUUUAAUAUACUUUAUUGUAAUUUGUAUUAUAAUUUAAGAUUAUGAUCAAAUAUUGAAUAACUUUUUAAAAAAUCUAUAUCAUGUUCGAAUGUUUAACCCGAUACCGUUAUCAAUUUCACCCUCCGGAACUUCUGAAGUUUAUCUAACCAAAUUAUCAUUGUUUUAAAUAUCAAAUCGACCUUAUCAGUUAUCUACCCCACAAUCCUAGAUCCGUUUCCUUGACCGAUUCAUUAUAUGUGCGAUAAUAAAUUGAAUGGUGUUUUAAUUUGUGUUUUAACAUGGCUGUUUUUGGAUAUAUGAAUCCCUUUAAAGUUUAUCGAGAUUUCGUUCGUAGCCCUAUCGAAUCUUUUGUUAGCGAACAGUACACGGGGUAUAAAAAGAAAACAAAUGAAAGUAUAACGAGUGUUAAAGAACUGUUAUAUAGAGCUGGUGUUGUUUCGGUAUUUUUGUCAGCAAUAUUGUGGAUUUCAAUAUUUUUAUACGUUGUGUUUUACUACACGUAUAUGCCGAAUGUUACACACGUGCGACCCGUGCAUUUGCAGUUCAAAUCAUGUGAUGAAAAUAUGGGUGUGUGUUCAUUUCCAUCGGCUCAUGUUCAACUCACACGAAGGACUCAUAUGUUGAUGUCAUCCCAGCCAUACCGAAUUAAACUUUUACUGGAAGUGCCCGAGUCUCAGAUCAAUAAGGACUUAGGUAUGUUUAUGGUCUGCGCACAGAUGCGAGCCUCGGGGGGCGUGUUAGUAUCAUCGUCCUGUAGAUCGGCUAUGCUGCGACAUCGAUCGAAAUUACACCAGAUAAUGCGGACAUUAGUUUACGCGCCUCUGUUAAUAUCAGGUUUUAAUGAAGAGAAACAAAUAAUUCAAGUGGAACUUUUCAGUGACUUCGAAGACGAUCAGACACUCCCAGUAACGGACGCAUACGUAGAGUUACAAUCGCGUUUCGUUCAAGUGUUGUCUUGCGAACUUCAGAUCGAAGCUCACUUCACAGGUCUACGUUACGUCAUGUACUACUGGCCGAAGACCUCCGCGCUCAUUGGUAUUUCCUCUAAUCUGUUCUUCGUAUCAUUAAUGUUCAUACUGAGCUGGUACCACUUACAAGAUGGUCUCCCAGAUUUUAUUAAGAACAAAUUGGGAAUAGAGAUAAAGAAUGAGAAAGAGGACGACGACAAGAAAUUCUUUGGAAAAGUGAAAUUGGAACGAGAAGACUCUUUUCCGUUCAUCGAAGAAGAGACCCUUCUAGAAGAGUUCCAAAGAUUAGAGGAGAAGAAGAAAUCUAUAUCGCCGACGGCCGAAUGAGGACGGUUAAUUAUAUUGGAGAAAUUAGCGUAAGACUGAUAUUUUAAGACAAAUUAAUUAAUAAAUGUUUUAAAUUUGAUUUUUUAAUAAAUGGGUUGUAUUAAUAUUGUUUGUUAUUAACUGGGAGUAGACUAUGUUAGUCGGUUAUAAAUGUCCAAAUACGAAAGUUUUUUAAUUAUAUUAAUGGUUUUAUCUAAUUUAUAUUUUCUGAUUGUAAAUUGUUUUUUUAUUAAAGUUUUAAAAGAAAAACACUUAUACAAUUUUACAAUGUGACAGCUAACGUCCGCCAUCUUGAUAUCCGUUGACGUCAUAAUAUAGGAUACAAUGACAGGUUUAGGGAAUAAAUUACAUGUAAACUCUUAAGUCAUUUAUUUUUUGUACAAUAUAAAAAAUAUAUUACUACAUUUCCGAAGUAUAAAAAUCCAUCCAAAAAUUAAAAUAAUUCAGAAAAUGUACAUUAAUUUUUCAAUUUAUAUGUGAUAUAAUGUUUGUUUUUUUUGGUAUGUGUUUAGUUAGUAUGGCAAAAAUUCAGCUAGUGGUGUCGAUGUAAAUGGUUAAUCACCAUCACAAUCGCAUUCGUUACCUCGAAUCCACAGGAGCACUUAGUCUUAUGGAACAUAAGGCAAAAUGUCGUUACCAGAAAAAUCUAUCACCGGCAUCCGAGCAUCAUAGAAAAAGAAAUCGAAGACUCUUAUUUUGUAUUUUCCAGGUUUAGGGAAAUCGUAGGGAUUCCCUUGAAUAUGUGUAGUCGUCCAAUCAUAACGAGCUUUCAUAGUAGACAAAGGAAUGCUUAUAAACUUUAAGAAGUAGUAAAACCUUCAUGAAUAUAUUUUGACUUCUUGUAAUGUAAUGUUCUUCGAUAUUCUGUAGUUCAAUAUUAUGAUGUCAAAAUUAAUAUUUUCGAAUUAUUGUAAGAAAAAUUUGUACCGCCCAAAUAAACUGCUUUAUUAUCUAGUUUUAGUGUGUUUUGUUUUUCUAGAUCGUUCAUGCUACACAGACAUAGAAAAUUAUGUAAUUAUUAUUCGUAUCUAUAUUAUUGGAAAAUAAUCUA